AUGGAAUCACUCAGUGCCAAGGGACUCGUCGCAUUACCCCAGGAAAUCAUCGAGGCCAUCUUGGUCGAAAUCCGUCCAUCUAGUCUCCGGUCUGUCAGUCAUGUGUCUCGCAGUCUGCGUUCGAUAUGCCUACCGUUUUUGUACCGCUCGAUAGUGCUUCGGGAUCCCAACCAGGCAGAGACGUUCCUCGCGACACUUUCUCAGUCACAGCAUUCGAUUCCCCCUCUUGUUCGGGAACUGCAAAUUCAUUACCACAACACACUUGAUGAGAAAGACCAACCAACUACGUCUCCGGAGCACAUUGAUCCCAUCAUUGCGAAAUUAUCUAGCCUAGAAUCGCUAGUAAUCAAAAGCGACUUUUUUGAUUAUACAGCCGCGGCGAAAUUUAGCCUAUUACGCCAACCUGAAUUGUUCCCCUCUCUUACUUCAUGUCAUAUUGGAUUUGAUGUCGGGCAUCUUCAAACCUGGUACCUCUUUCCGUACGAGGGGCUGCUCUACCAUCCGGGCCUACGAAGUCUCACUUUCUCAGGAGCUGCAGUCCAGACAUCCUCACAGCAGCCCCAGACCACUCGAUCAACGCAACUUGAAGAACUACGCUUCCUGAACUGUGACCUCCAUGCUUCUGAAUUAGCAGAUAUGCUCCAGUUCCCUCGUGCGCUGAAACAUUUCACCCUCAAAGGCCAGGGACCAGACCCUAUCAUCACCCCGCGCUUCAGUGAAUCUGAUCGCACGGAGUAUCUCGAUGCUCUAAAGCCUCACGCCUUGUCACUUGAAAGCUUAGAUCUAGAUCUUGACCUUGACUGGGAAGAUCCAUUGGACAUGAGAGAUUUUGUUGCUCUCAAGCGGCUGACCAUAACCCCAAGAAUGGCUAUAGGGGAUGAUACCGAAGAGGAGGAAUUGGAUGGGCGUACUAGGUUCACUCCCUGGAAAGAAUUACUUCCGCAGUCCCUGACGCAUCUGACUUUUCGCAACGACGAGGCUGUUUUCCCUCUCGAUGCUAUCUACGACAUCAUACGUGAUGGGGAUCUUCCCAAUUUGACUUCCUUCACUUGCGAAAUGCUUCAAGACACGCCUGAAUAUGGCGUUUCCUGCACCCCGGACGAGCUCUUGGCCAAACAGUACCACAACGGGUCGUCUUUCUCCCAGGCGUUUGGUCAACUGGGGGUUCAGCUGUCCGUCGUUCAAGUUAAAGAUUCCGUGGCCAUGGUGGAGAACGAGCAUUGCCCAUGCCCCUGCUGGACUUAUCGACAUCGAUUUGGGAGCGGCGUACCGUGGUGA